UCACCGAAGAAGAAGAAGAAGAAGUGUUUCCGUUAAGAUGGCUGUCGGUGCCUUCCCCAUCGCCAAGCUCCUCUAUCUCGGUGUACGGCAGCUCAGUAAGCCCGUGGCCAACAGGCUCAAAGCCGGGGCUCUCCGGAGCGACUUCUUCAAGACAUAUGUUUGUCUUCCACCGGGACAGAUUUACCACUGGGUGGAGAUGAGGACCAAGAUGAGGAUCAUGGGUUUUCGGGGUUCCACUAUCAAGCCCCUGAACGAAGAGGCGGCAGCAGAACUGGGUGCAGAGCUCCUGGGGGAAGCCAUCAUCUUCAUCGUCGGAGGAGGGUGUAUGAUCCUAGAGUACAGUAGACAGGCGGCCAACUCUAAGAGGAAGGAAGAAGAGCUGAGUCACACCAUUGGCAGUCUGCAGACACAGAUAGGAGAGCUAGCCUUGAACACAGAGACGCUGGAUGCCAGGCUAAGGGAGGUCAACAGGCUGCUGCUGUCCUUACCGCCUCCAGGCCUAGCACCGUCUGCUCCUGCCACCACGCAACUUCCUGUUUCGGAUCCUGCUACCACUCUGGCUUCCUCUUCUGUGGAUCCCAGUCAAAAGUGAUACCUGUGUAAUUUCUGAAUUAGCCUGGUGGUCAACGGAUCUGUUUUUGUCUUUAGCCAAGUUCUCGCUCAUUUCAUAACUAGCCUUUUCUGUAGUGUUGUCAGACGAGACUAAAGGGCUAUACACACACACACACACACACUCUGCAAAUGGAUCGACGGAGAUCCGUUUGUAUCAACCUCUGCUUACUUUUGUGGGGCUAACUUUUUUUGAAUGGACCAUAUACGACGCUCUGUUUGCGUCGUGUGUGUGUGUGUGUGUGUGUGUGUGUGUGUGUGUGUGUGUGUGUGUGUGUGUGUGUGUGUGUGUGUGUGUGUGUGUGUGUGUGUGUGUGUGUGUGUGUGUGUGUGUGUGUGUGUGUGUGUGUGUGUGUGUGUGUGUGUGUGUGUGUGUGUGUGUGUGUGUGUGUGUGUAUAGAGUCCUUUCCGUCUAGGUUAUGAUGCCACACGAGUCAGUUGUUGGCUAAAACAGACACAGAUCUCUGUCCACCAGGUUAUGUCUGGUAAUGAAAGGACUGUGACGCUUCCCAGAUGAAACAGUUUGUGUGUAUAUUAUGAUAUUUGAUUUGGUCUUUGGCAUUUAUUUAUUUUUUUUCUGUUAAUUUUUAUUCUUGAGCCAAGUCUUUGUUCGGUACUCCUAGUAGUACUACUCCUGGUGGUGGUGGUAGUACUACUCCUGGUGGUGGUGGUAGUACUACUCCUGGUGGUGGUGGUAGUACUACUCCUGGUGGUGGUGGUAGUACUACUCCUGGUGGUGGUGGUAGUACUACUCCUGGUGGUGGU